AUGGAGCGGGAAAGCCAGAAGACGGUGCAGGAGUACUUCUUGCUGGUAGAAAAGUCCCAACAACUCUUUGCUGGCCUCAGAGAUUUGCCGCAGUUUGGCCGACACUGGCAGCCCUACUUCCAAAAGACUUUCGAGAUCUACACCAAGUUGUGGAGAUAUCAGCAGCAGCACCGAGCGGUGCUGGAGAACAAAGACAUAUAUGGCCUCAAGCGCUGGGAGAUCGGAGAGAUCGCCUCCAAGAUCGGCCAGCUCUACUACCACUACUAG